GUCAUUUUUCCGUUUUCAUUGGUUGUCAAUACAGCCACAACACUCCCAAUGAAAAUCACUCGCGCCGACGUGCUCAUCUUUGGGCUUUCGCAGCUUGUCGGCUUUCUUGCUGUGCGCUAUCUCAUGCACGCGAUGGAUCCCAUGCGCAAGAAGAAGGACGUCGCUCGCGAGCGCGGUCAAUCCAUGCUGCGAAGGCUCAAUCGCAACAACAUCAAGCUCACAGAGUACGAGGCGCUGAUCGCUGCAGAUAUCGUCGACCCGACGGAUAUUGAUGUGACCUGGUCUAGCAUCGGUGGAUUGGACAAGACCGCGGCCGAGCUGAAGGAGUGCCUGGUGUUGCCAUUCCGUCGGCCAGACCUGUUUGCCACGGGCAGCAAGCUGCUUCACGCGCCAACGGGUGUUCUGUUGCAUGGACCCCCCGGAUGCGGCAAGACCAUGCUGGCAAAGGUGGUUGCACGCGAAUCCGGCUGCGUGUUUAUCAAUCUGCAGAUCGCCUCCCUCAUGGAAAAGUGGUACGGCGAGUCCCAGAAGCUCGUGGCAGCAGUGUUCACGCUCGCUGAAAAGCUGCAGCCUGCCAUUGUGUUUAUUGACGAGAUUGACGCCUUCCUUCGCGAGCGCCAGUCGUCCGACCACGAGGCCACGGCCCUCAUCAAAUCGCAGUUCAUGACGCUGUGGGAUGGGCUCGGCACCGACCGACACACUUCCCGCAUUGUCAUCAUGGGCGCGACGAAUCGCCCGUACGACGUGGACAAGGCUAUUCUCCGGCGAAUGCCCAAGACGUUUGCGGUGCCUCUUCCAGCACGAAGGCAACGCUGCGACAUUCUGAAGGUCAUUUUGGCAAACGAGCGUCUCGAAGAAGGGUUUGAUUACGAAGCGCUCGCAACCAUGACUGACGGAUACUCUGGCAGCGAUCUGCACGAGCUAUGUCGGACGGCGGCGGUUAUUCCCCUCCGCGAGUGGAUGGACGCCGAGGGAGCAGCGGCUGCUGAUGCUGAUGUGUCAAGUUCUCCAAGCGCUCAAUUCCGACCAAUGCGGCUGGCAGACUUCCGUCGUUCCUUGUUGGUGGAUGCUGUUGGAGGAAGGCGAAGUGCCGACGAUAUUGAUUGAAAGCGGAGUCAAGCAGCAGCAGCAGCAGCAGCAGCAGCGCCGCUCGUUUGAAUGUACUUUAUUAAAUCCUAGUUGUUCUUGCUC